AUGGCAGCUUUAAACUUCACCCACUCUGAUGCUUCAACUUUCAUCCUAACGGGCAUCCCUGGCCUGGAGGCUGCCCACAUCUGGAUUUCCAUCCCUUUCUUUACAUUCUACACUGUCAGCCUGUUGGGAAAUGUCAUGCUUCUGUCUGUCGUAGGUAAGGAACAGACUCUGCAGAAGCUGAUGUACCUUCUGCUCUGCAUACUGGCACUUACAGAUAUUGCCACACGUACCUUUGUCAUGCCAAAGGCACUGGGCAUAUUUUGGUUCGAUUUGAAAGGCAUUACUGUGGCUGGCUGCCUCACCCAGAUGUUCUUCCUCCACACGGUUUCUGUUAUGCACUCAGCCACCCUCGUGACAAUGGCCUUUGAUUACUAUGUUGCCAUACGUAACCCUCUGAGAUAUGCCACCAUCCUCAGCAAUACACAAACAGCUAAGCUAGGGCUUGUAGGUUUGAUAGGAGCUGUUCUCUUCAUUCUGCCCCUGCUCCUGAGUCAGCAGCCAUUCUGUGCCAACCGCAUUAUCCCACACAUGCAAUGCGAGUACCUAGCUGUGGAGAAGGUGGUGUGUGGGGACCUCACAGUCACCAGGAUAUACGGCUGGGUGCUAAUGUUUGUAAUCAAUGGGUUUGACCUGACGCUCAUUGCCCUGUCCUACGGUCUGAUCAAAAGGGCCAUCCUGAGAAUCUCCUCUAACAAAGCCCACCAGAAAGCCCUCAACACUUGCACAACCCACAUCUCUAAGAGGCUGACAUAUUAUAUUCCUGGACUCUUCUCCAGUCUCACAAACCAAUUUGGUCAAGGCAUCGCUCCCUAUGUUUGCAUCGUUUUGGCCGUCCUCAGAAUCUCCUCUAAGAAAGCCUACCAGAAAGCUUUCAACACCUGCACAGCCCACAUCUGUGUGAUGCUGACAUAUUAUACCCCUGGCCUCUUCUCCAGUCUCACACACCAGUUGGGUCAAGGCAUUGUUCCCCAUGUUUACAUCAUCUUGUCCGACCUCUAUCUCCUCAUCCCUCCCAUGCUCAACCCUAUCAUUUAUGGGGUCAAAACCAAAGAGCUUCAUGACAAAGUAGGCAAAUACACCUGA